UCUGUAGCAAUGAGUUGGCAAAGUUGGAUUUUCACUUUUGACAUAAUCAUAACGUUGAGGAUGGAUUCGGUAUUACUGAAAAAUAAAUUUCGCGGUACAAUGCUGGGAGUUUUGGUCGGCGAUUGUCUUGGGAGUCCAUACGAAGGCUUAAAGACUAUUUCAAUUCAGAAAAAAAGAGUUUUACAGCGACGGUUGAAUCAAUUGUGGGAUACGAAGUUCAGAGAGCCUGUUAUGGAGUACACAGAUGAUUCGGCAAUGACACGCGCCUUAGCUGAAUCAUUGAUUGAGAAACAAGAGCUGGAUAUUGUUGAUGUAGCUAAGCGAUUUGCAAAAAGUUAUCAUGAAAGGCCUGAUCGUGGUUACGGAGCUGGUACUGUAACUGCUAUAGCAAUUCAACAAAGUUUACAUUUAAAUCCCAGUGAAGAAUUGAACGUUUCCAAUUUUGUUGACGAUCUCAUAAAUAAAAUGGACAAAAUUGAAGGAGAUACAAGCGAACUAUAUAAAGAACGACUAAACAUAGUAAAGAAUCUACUUUCUGAGGAUGGAGGUGAUCUUGACACUAUUGUGUCUCCUAAUGAACAACGGGUAGCUGAAGAAUUAGGUGUUAAUGUCAGAGCUUUAGAAUCAGUUCCUACCGCGAUUUUCUGCUUUCUGAAAGCACAGAGACGUAUAAAAAAGAUACGAACUGAUAAUCCUCUCAGAAGAGUAAUUCAAUAUGCCAUUUCUUUAGGAGGCGAUACGGACACGAUUGCUAGUAUGGCCGGUGCAAUAGCAGGUGCUUUCUAUGGCUACGAAAAGUUCAGCUUAUUGCUCUUAUCGCAUUGUGAAGAAUGGGAACGAUUUCAAGAAAUGGCCGAUAAAUUGCUGGAUAUAGCAACAUCCAAUGAGAUAAAUAAAUAAAUAAUGUAUAUUUAAAAAGUAUGUAUAAAUAUUAUAUGAAAAA